AUGGCUUACCGAUCUUCUACGCUCUGUCUCGCGCUACUUGCUUUCCUCGCUUUCUAUGCUUCGCCUGUGGCAGCUUUUGGGGCUGGGAAUAUAGCUUCAAUAUCAAAAAUUGAAGGGCAUAAUUGGCGCCAUGGCGAUAUCGAGGAUAUGCUCAAAACAAUUGCUUUCAUCAAGGGCCACAAAUGGACGAGUAUGAUGAUUAGGCGAGUUUACUUCGGCAACUGGCUGCGAGAUUAUAGUCAAGCUAUGGACGUAGGGUCACUCAAAGGUGUUCAGGCUGGCACUGUCCGUAUCCUCGUUUGGGUCCUAUCGUUUUUGUCCUUCGGAUACGCUACUGCGGAGUUCGAAGUGACCGAGGAAAGACUGGGUGUCUACAGGCCCGAGGAGCAUAUUGACAAUCCAAAGGACUACGCAGACAAUGUUGAUGCUAGGAAGUAUGAUGAGAGAUUACGCCCACCAGUCCAAGCGAAUGAGCUGGAGGUUGACCCACGGACGGGGAUGAAGAACUACAUUGCUAAUGAAGAUCUCGACAUCGCUACGUCAGCCGGUUAUGUUAGGUUCUCUUUUACUAGGAGUAUACACUUUGGAAGGGUGUACACUAGUGGAGCAAGCGGUACGAAGGGCAAGGAGGCAGACCUGUGCGAAGCAUUGAGGUGUCUUGGGCAGGGACUGCAUUGUCUAGAAGACUUCGGUGCUCACACGAAUUAUACGGAGCUUGCUCUGCGUGAACUGGGGUUUCAAGGCGUCUUCCCACAUACUGGAACUGCGACCGAGAUCAACAUACCUGGGGCUCAGCAUCCCGUGUUUCCCCUGGUUACGGGAACUUUCGGAGUAGUCGAUUUUCUGCAUAGCGUACUCGGCGAAGCUACUGACCACUUCGCACAAACAGAGGUGGAGCAGAUGGACAUAGCGCUCAAGGACGCCGAAGCUCAGUCGAAGACGUCAGAGGAUGGUAGCCGUGAUUUCAACAGCUCUCAAGGCCUAUCCACUAUGACCAGUCUGUUAUCUCAGUUACCCGGGACGGGUGACCUUGCCCGGCAAGCGGCUGAUCUUCAAGCAAUGUCAGAUGUCCGGGAACGAACGACUACUGGGCCUCCAUUUGGAUCUGACCUGGACCGAAAAUUCGCAGGACCUCCUGGGACCCAAGGUGGACCCCCCGGACCCAACAUCCCUGGUACGAACAUUGAUCCAAUGAAAACGGCUGCUCAAAUAUAUCCCAUCCUAGAGUUCCGGGACAGAGUGGUCAAACUAGUCAAUGUUACCAUUGAGAAGAUCCCUGGCCUCGAAGCUCUGGUGGAAAAGAUUUCAGAAACACUGACGCUUUUCGUCCUUUCACUUCUUGCGCCUUUCAUACGCCCAAUUAUUAACGCAGUCUCAGCGCAGCUCAAAGCGGGGAGCGGCGGUGUCAUUGAUGCAAGUGGUAAACAUCAAUAUGAGCCUUGGACAGACCCUCACUGCUCAGACCCAACACACUCUUUGCUGUCCAAAGACCACUUCUCCAACAUACUAAAUGAACCAGCCGGUCAAGUUGCAUCUACUAUUCUGAAAUACGUUGCACCUCGUAUUAUAUUUGCCUGGCAGCAUCCCGAUAUUCCCGUGGAGCAGGUCCUAAAUGACGUCGUUAGAGUCUUCCAUCAUCCAGCCCUUCGAAGACCCGACUGUGAGCUUCACCGGAACAUGUACAGUACCGUCGAAAGCUGGGCACGCUCACGGCCUGACGGAGGAUCCAAUCUCAACGUCCUGCUAGGGUCUGAGAGCGUGAGGCAUGGCAAGAAUCACACAGUAGACGCCAGUCAGCAGUCACACAGUCAUGGCGGGCUUCCUAAUCCUAGCAACUUCUUCGGAUCUGCCAGUCAGAGCAAGGUCCGGGAUGCACCGUGGGACCAGGUUGGCAAGGCUCAAGGAGUCAAUCGCCCAUCGCCACGUCCAUCACCACAGCCGUCACCUCGCCCAGACUUCGGGUAUUAUCCUCAGCAGGAUCUACAGUCUCGGCAGCAAAAUCCGUACGAGCAGCCAGCUUACCCACCUAAUCCCCAUCAGGGACAAAUGUAUGGGCAACCAUCCCAGUGGCAGCCAGAUCUUCAGGCUCCCCCAGCUGGAGAGUAUCCUCCACAAGGUGUCUACCCACCCCAACCACCUGCAUAUGGGUAUGGCCAAGCUCCACCUUAUGGCUAUGAUCCAAAUGCUCCCCCUCCACAAGCGUACGGCUAUGGGGGUCCGCCCCUUCCUCCUGGGCAAUAUUACGGUGGAAGUCCCUACUGA